CAUUUGGGGGAUAUCUGUACCAUCCUGACAUUUGGAGGAUAUCUGUACUGUUCUGACAUUUGGGGGAUAUCUGUACUGUCUGACAUUUGGGGGGAUAUCUGUACUGUCCUGACAUUUGGAGGAUAUCUGUACUGUUUUGACAUUUGGGGGAUAUCUGUACUGUCCUGACAUUUGGGGGAUAUCUGUACUGUCCUGACAUUUGGGGGUAUCUGUACCGUCCUGACAUUUGGAGGAUAUCUGU